AUGAUAAAAUAUUAUAUUCCACCAAAAACCUUCAAAUGCAUUUUAACUGCCCAUUUAUUUUUAAAUAAAAUUGAUAACGCACAACAAAACAAUCCCCCUCUUGUUGGCAACAACGAAGAAAAGUGUCGAAUCAUCAUUAAUUCUAGAUUGAAAUCAACAUGCUCGUACGAUUACUAUGUCUGCCACAUGAUGUCUUACGACGGUGGAUACGGUAGUUUUGGUGGAGGAGCAGCACCAGCGGGAGAGGCCGACUACUCCGGUGGGGCUACCUCUUACGGUGCUGGAGCUGGAGGUGCUUCUGCACAAGACGCUGGUGGAUACGGCGCUCCAGCAGCUUCAGGUGGAGGUUACAACACAGGUGGAGCUCAGGGCGGCUACGGAGGAGGAUAUGGCGGCGGCCAAGGUGGAAACGCACCGCAGGCAGCUAUUCAAAUCAAGUCCAAUCCAAAGGAUGGUCAACUCAUCAACUCUCCCGAUUCACCAAAUAACCAAAAGAUGUUUAUCGGUGGUGUCUCUAAACAGACAACUACUGCUUCUCUUCGAGCUCAUUUUGAGCAGUUUGGCGCAGUAAAGGACGUCGAAAUCAAAGUUGAUCCCAGUACUGGCCUUUCUCGAGGUUUUGGUUUCGUUCUAUUCGAACUCCCAGAAUCUGUGAACGCUGUGGUCGCGGCUGGCCAACAAUUCCUCGAUGGCAAACGAAUCGAUCCCAAGCCAGCUGAGAAGCGAAACUGCAAGGUCUUCAUUGGUGGUAUUAACCCAGCUACCGCUAGCGAGACCGUGCAGGAACUGAUGGAGACUUUCGGAGAAGUCGAAAAUUUCGAAAGACGCACUGAUCGCAACCGAGGCACCCUUCAGCCAUUCGCUUUUUGCACCUUCAAAGAUGAUGCCGUCGCAUCAAGCUUGGCCAAAACCCGUUGGGUUGAGAUCGAAGGAAAACGAUGCGAAGUAAAACUCUCCAUCGAAAACAAACAGAAGCUCUUCAACCAGGGUUAUGGUGGAAAUAGAGGCGGCUACGGCGGUGGAGGUUACGGUCAACAAGGCUAUGGGGGAUACGGUGGCUUCGGAGGCGGUGGCUACGGCCAACAAGGAAACGGAGGAUUUGGCGGCUACGGUGGCUAUGGAGGUCCUGGCUUUGGAGGACAGCAGGGAGGAUUCGGCGGUCCCGGUGGUUUCAGAGGCGCUCCAGGUGGCCGAGGAGGUGGACCUAUGCGUGGUGGUCGAGGGGGUGGCCGCGGAGCCGGCAGACCUUCCCCGUACUAA